UCCGCCCGGCGGAGCGGGGCGCGUCCCGGCGGCGGCGGGAGCGGCGGGGCUGGUCCGGACCGAGCCGAGCCGAGCCCAGCAGAGCCGGACCGAGCUGAGCCGAGCCGGGCUCUCCCGCCGCCCGGCCGGCUGUUGACAAGCGGCGGCGGGAGACAGCGCGCUCGUCCCCAUGUGGCGGACGCUGGCCCUCGCCUCCGCCUUCUUCCCGGGGCUCUUCAUCCUCUGCAUCCGGUUGCUGCGCUGGGCCGCCCCGGGAUUGAGCCUCAAGGACCGCAUCCUCCUCAGCGGCAGGCUGGUGUCAACAGUCCAAGCCACGAUGGCAACGGUGUCGGGGCUCACGGUGGUGCUCAGCUGCAAGAACGUGGUGCAUGACAGGCACUGGCUGGCCGUGGAAUACGUCUGGGUGCUGGUUCCCUACAUGACCUAUGACAUCUAUGUCAUGUACCUGUGCCACUGGCACAAGAGCCAGGAGAAAGGGAUCCUGGAGAAGAAGCACUCGCUGGCCAGCGUGUGGAGCUUCCUGCUGCAGGAGCGGCUGAUGGUGACCCACCACCUCUUCAUCCUCAUCGUGCUCACCCCCAUCACCCAGGUAAGGGCUGCUGCAGGAGUCCAGGACCCCCUGGACAUGCUGGGUGUUGGUUCCUGGUCACUUUUCUGCAGAGCCCCGUGCUCAGUGCUGCUUUUCUUUACAGCACUUCAGGGGAGAGCUGGGGGACUUCUUUGUGGGCUGCAUCUUCACAGCAGAGCUGAGCACGCCUUUUGUUUCACUGGGCAAAAUCCUCAUGCAGCUCAAAAUGCAGGACACGCUCCUGCACAAGGUGAACGGGAUCCUCAUCCUGGUGACCUUCUUCCUGUGCCGCAUCCUCCUCUUCCCCUUCAUGUACGCGGCCUACGCCCGCCAGGUGGGGAUCCCGGUGUACCUGGUGCCGUUCCGCAUCCCCCUGCACUGCAACAUCGCCAACGCCUCCCUCAUCGCCCCCCAGCUCUACUGGUUCAGGCUCAUCUGCCGCAAGGCUGCCCGGCUCUACGGCGGCUCUCCCGCCCACCGGAGCAGAUAACCGAGCUGAUAAGGGCAGGGGCUGGCACAGGGCAGCCCCCGGCCCUUCCCUCGGCGAGCGGCGGCUCCGCUGGAAGCACCGCCGGGCCAGGCAGCACCAGCCGGGCUAGGAAGGCUUUGCUUGUGUUCUCCUGGAAGCCGGCCUGGAAGCACGACAUUCCUGCCGGGAUGCAGCUCUGCGGCACGGCCGAACUGAGGUUACACGAGAGGGGUUUGUUCCAGCCCCCCCCCCGGCGCUGACACCGGACACCGGCGCGGAUGAGCCUGCGAUGCUGGAGCGGGCCAUGGGGAGCCUGUGCCGGACCUGCCGCGGCCCCAGGCAGGCCUGGAGCUGCAGCACAGCUCUGCAGAGCCGUUCCUGACCUUUACCGACUUCAGCUCUACACUACAGCCCUGCUCGGCCCCUGUCCUCCCAAGUGCACCUCACCUGCUGCUGCUGCUGCUGCUGGGCUAAGCUCCACUCCACCCGAUGGUGCUUUUCACUACAAACUUCUGACAGUCCUGGGGGGACUCCUGUGCUCCCAGCAGGGCUGGAGGGCAGAAGCUCAUGCCAGGAUGGGAAUGGUUCUGCUGUCUCAGGGCAGGAUGGGGACAGGAGCCUGCCAAGUGCUUGUCUCACCACCAACACACAGGGGACUAUGCCCAGCCCUUCCUUGGCCAGGGGUGCAAUUUCCCCUCCCCUAACCACAGCUGCUUUUAUCUGGUCUGCAUCCCCUCAGCAGGUAUUUAAAACCAUCUGGCAUGCCCUGCCCUGCUGUCCAGCUGGCACCACCACACCCUGGAAACACCUGUACAGUCCAUCCCACCCCCAAGAGGCUGCCAGGGACAGAACUGGGGCUGCACAGAAGGAACCAGCAACCCCAGAGCAGGAUGCAGAGCUGAAUCUUGACCAGCUCAGCCCAUUUCCACUUUUAGUCACAGCAAAAUGGGUACAGGCUCCCCAGCCCACCCUGCACCACAGGAUGUGUGCAAUCAGACCACAGCUGAGUUCAUCCCCUGCACCAGCACCAGCCAGGACAGCCACCUCCUCCUGCAGCCUCCUGUGCCUGCUCCAGGCAGGGAAGUGCACUGGCACAGCCCUGGCACAGCCCCCACGCCCAGAGACCUGUGACCACUCUGUGCCUUUCAUUCUGUCUGAAACCAGCAGCCAAGCUCUGCAAAACCUGGAUCUUUUGGGUGUUGGAUCUCGUCCCAACCACAGCUGCUGUUCUGGAUAGAGUGUAAAAAAAACUAGAAGGGCCUCUUCCGACCUGUGGUUGUUGUUACAGAGACUCCACAGUCACAGUAACCACCGAGACCAGCUGAUGUUACAAACUCCUGCAACUCCUUACAGAUGUUGUAUCUCACUGUUUUCAUUGCGAAUAACGUGCCUUAUGUAAGGACAAAAAAAAACCCAGCCAAUGAGGCACCUCAGUUUGCACUAACACUGCCCUAUUUACUGUCAGGAGACCAAUAAAGAUUUCCUCUCUGAGUCACACCA